AUGUCAAAAGACCAAUCUCUCCGCCUCCCAGAUGGCCGCACCCUCAGCUACACCACAUUCGGCAUCACCCCACAACCAAACCAACUAACAAUCUUCCACUUUCACGGCCUCCCAGGCUCCCACCACGAAGGCCAACCCGUCCAUGAAGAAGCCACCAGGCGCAAUAUCUGUGUUGUCGCCGUAACACGCCCGGAUGUCCUUCACCUAGCAGACAACCUCAAAAUCCAGCGCUUCGCCGUGCUAGGUAUCUCCGGCGGUGCUCCGUACGCCCUCGCAUGCCUGCACUCCAUUCCACCACCACGGCUCUCCGGCGUGGCAAUCGUCUCCGGGAUGUUUCCGUCGGAGCUAGGUCUGAGCGGCAUGAUGCUCAUGAACCGCCUGCUCUUCAGCAUUGCGCCGUGGUCACCGGGUCUCAUUGAGAGCAUCGCCGACUGGGAAGUGGGGAAACUCGCUCGAGAUGCUGAACACCCGGAAAGGCUCGCCCGAGCGACGGCUGAUGCCUUCAAGAGCCGUCCGGUUGAGGAUCGGGAGGCACUGUACGCCGAUGAUGGCAAGAUCUUGCGAGUGUUGGAGCAGAGUACACGCGAGGCAUUUCGUGAGAGUAGUUGUGGAUUUGCAUGGGAAGCGAAGCUAUUUGGGAGUCCUUGGGGGUUCGAGUUGAAGGAUUUGGUUGUACAGGAAGGGAAGUUGGUUAUUUGGCAUGCGGGCAAGGAUGUCAACGUCCCAUUGCGGAUGGCACAGGAGGCAGCGGGGAUGAUUCGAGGUGCGGAACUCAGAGUCGUUCAAGAAGAGGCGCACAUCAGUUUGAUUUCACGUCGAACUGGUGAGGUAGUCGACACGCUCGCAGGUAUGCUGGGCACAUAG